GCCAAGAUGGCGGCGGCGGCGGCGGCGGCAGCGGCGGCGGUGAGGCAGGACCUGGCGCAGCUCCUCAACUCCAGCGGCUCGCACAAGGACCUGGCGGGAAAGUAUCGUCAGAUCCUAGAAAAGGCGAUCCAGCUAUCUGGAGCGGAACAACUUGAGGCUUUGAAAGCUUUCGUGGAAGCAAUGGUGAAUGAGAAUGUCAGUCUAGUGAUCUCUCGCCAGUUAUUGACUGAUUUCUGCACACAUCUUCCAAAUCUUCCCGAUAGCACGGCUAAAGAAAUCUACCAUUUCACCUUGGAGAAGAUCCAGCCUAGGGUCAUUUCCUUUGAGGAACAGGUUGCGUCUAUAAGACAGCAUCUUGCUUCUAUAUAUGAGAAGGAAGAAGACUGGAGAAAUGCGGCGCAAGUGUUGGUUGGAAUUCCGCUGGAAACAGGACAAAAGCAGUACAACGUGGACUAUAAAUUGGAGACGUAUCUGAAAAUAGCCAGGCUGUAUCUGGAGGACGAUGAUCCAGUCCAGGCAGAGGCUUAUAUAAAUCGAGCUUCAUUGCUUCAGAAUGAAUCAACUAAUGAACAAUUACAGAUACAUUAUAAGGUUUGCUAUGCCCGCGUUCUCGAUUACCGAAGAAAAUUCAUUGAAGCCGCCCAGAGGUACAACGAGCUGUCGUACAAGACGAUAGUCCAUGAAAGUGAAAGGCUGGAGGCGUUGAAACAUGCCUUACACUGUACCAUCUUAGCGUCAGCAGGGCAGCAGCGUUCUCGUAUGUUAGCCACCCUAUUUAAGGAUGAAAGAUGCCAGCAACUCGCAGCCUACGGAAUCCUAGAGAAGAUGUAUCUAGACAGAAUCAUCAGAGGAAAUCAGCUUCAGGAAUUUGCUGCAAUGUUGAUGCCUCACCAAAAAGCAACUACAGCAGAUGGUUCCAGCAUCUUGGACAGAGCUGUCAUUGAACACAAUUUGUUGUCUGCAAGCAAAUUAUAUAACAAUAUUACCUUCGAAGAACUUGGAGCGCUCUUAGAGAUUCCUGCGUCAAAGGCUGAAAAGAUAGCUUCUCAAAUGAUAACUGAAGGGCGCAUGAAUGGAUUUAUUGAUCAGAUUGAUGGAAUUGUUCAUUUUGAAACGCGUGAAGCUUUACCGACGUGGGACAAGCAGAUUCAGUCACUCUGCUUCCAGGUGAACAAUCUCCUGGAGAAGAUCAGCCAGACUGCCCCAGAAUGGACGGCGCAGGCCAUGGAAGCGCAGAUGGCCCAGUGAAUCUGCCACCAGUCGUUUCGGUUUGAAUGCAGCUGCUUCCCGAUUGCCCGGGACUAUUCAGAAAGCUUCCAAGUGAUGAUGACCCUUGACAUUCAGAGCCAGCCCCUCCCGGCCCUCCUUUUGCGGCCACAAGUAAAGCCAUCACUAGUCCCAGGGCCCCCCUGGAAGUUGUCAACACGCGACUCUCUGCCACCCGCCCAACAUUUUUCCCCCCGGGAAUCGUGGUCAGGCUUGGCGGGCCCGGGGGGGCGGGGGGCAGCGGGUCGCGGGUUCCAGCAAAUACUGGAUUCCAUACUUGGGCCGGUGGCGGGGGCAGAUUUCCGUCCCUCUUCCGCCGGAACCGGUUUCACCGAGGCUGGCGGAAGAGGCGUGGACCUUCGCCUUAAACCUCUUAAAUCUACCCCUUUGACCUACCGCUGAAGGAAGCUUUGCAUCAAACCGACGCUUGAUUCUGAAAGUCUUUCUUGAAGAGGACGACCUGAAGUCUCAGUAGCUAAAAAAAGUUUCGCGGUCAUUCGUGUAAAAACCGACGUGUUGUGUUCCUUGCAGGUGGGGUUAUUCUAUUAAAAGGAGGACCGUGUUGAGAAA